AGAAGACCUGGUCUGAGGGCCCAUUCGUGGGGUCCGCCUCUGCCCAAACUGUUUGUCCAACUCCUUAUCCUUGUUUCCAGUGCUGUGAAUACUUUAGGAUACUUUUAUGGUGACUUGAAAAUUAUUAACUAUGGCUCACUAUUCCAAAGAGCUUGAUGAAGAAUUUGAACAGUUCAUGAAGGAGCUUUCAGAUGAUUCUUUUGAAAGUUCAAACAAAACACCUGGACAACGUAAAAGUGAAGUGAAGAAUAAAGAUACAGUGCCUUGGUGGAUAACUGAAGAUGAUUUUGAAGAUGAUGGACUUCUUGGAACACAUGUAAGCUAUUUGAAGACAAAGAAGACUUCUCAACGUAUUAUGGACACAGAAGAGGAGUCUGCUGAAAAAGUUCAAUUUCUUAAGAGCAGUGGAACCUCCAUCUUAAGUGUUGACAGCUUAGAAGCUAAUGAAUUGGUCAUUUCUGAGCUCCAUCAUAGUACCCUUGGUUUGGGCUUGGACACAUUAGAGGAACAAGAAGAGAAAGAGCAGUUCUUUGCCAGGCUUGAGAAAGGCUUGACAUCUUCUAUUGAUUAUUCAAAAUUAAAUCAAGAACUGGAUUCUGAUGACUCCACACAAUUCAAAGCUUUACGUAGCUACCCAGCUAGUGUAGAAGAAGCAGCUGACGAUAAAUAUGAGAAUGAAGCAGAGCAUGAGGAACUACCAGAAACAUACAGUGAUGAUUUUGAAGAUGCGGAAGAUGUUGGUUCACCUUUGGUUACUAAAGAUGAAGAGACCCAUUCCGAAGAAAAGUCUGAGUCAAGAAAAGUGAACGUUCCCAAACAGGAGGAAGAGAAAACUGGCAUGCUGGCUAAUGUUGUGCUUCUUGAUUCUUUAGACUCUGUUGAGGAUGUUGAGCUUGCUGAUCAAGAGAAAGCAACCCCUAAAGUUAAGGCCCUCCCAGAAAUGACAAAUGGUGAACUAGCGGGAACAGGUGUUUUGUAUGGACAAAGCAGUGGUGAUACUGAAGCCCUGCAUCAGGCUUACUGUCACAUAGCUCAUUCUCUGGGAGAUACAAGUGAACCAAGAAUUGAGGCUACCACUGUGGAAAAUGUCGUGAGCUUAGUAAAAGAACGGCUUCAAGAAAAAGAAGAGUCUUCAAAGAACAUCUCUACCGCCGAAUCUGAUCUGCCCACAGUAGAGGAGCUGAUGAAACCUAUCAGGAUAGAUUCCUAUGGGAUCAGUGGCUUUGAGCUUCAGCCUAUCAGCCUGAAGAAAGCAUCCGACAGCAAAGAAGGGGAAUCUGUAAGCUCUUUACUGUUGAAGAUGAACACAAACACUAUCUCGCAAGACCCCAGGCAGGCGAGCCAGUUUCCCCACAAACAUGAUGAAAGUGUGGGUUUACACAAGACAGCAGGUGAGAGCACACACAGCAGCUGUCCAGCUGCUACGGAAGAACAUUUGGACAAAAUGUACCUUGAGAUUUUGAGGAAGAAAACAUCUUCGCUAUUACCUCAGGAUGACAAAACUAACCAGACCCCCAGGCCGAGGCUCAGUGCUGGGGAAGAGGGACCUGUGGCUGGUAAACAGGUUUUAUAUAAGAAGACCAGAAGUGCACCUCCUUUGCUUAAGAGAAAGCCACAAAGUGGACUGUAUAUGUCAGCUCGGAGCUCAGGCUACGGCAAACCCAGUCCACCACUCCAAUUAUUCUCUGCUCUUGAAAAGAAAACUCCAAAGGACAAUACAAAAAGUAAAACUGUGAGAUCCAUUCCCACUUCAAAUCAGUUUCGAAAGAAAGAAAUAUUAUCUGGAACAAAACUCAUCAAGCCUGCAGCUCUGAAUAAGCCAUCCCCUCAAAGUGAAGGUAGCCUAGCCACACCUAAGAGGCCUGAAGACCCCCCAGAUGAUGCCCUUGUUCAGUUUCAGACUGAGCCUUCAGGAUCCUAUGUUGGAAACAGAGAGAAAGAAUUACUAAUGUUGAAAAGAGCUCAGGAAGCAGAGGAAAAAUGGAGGGGUGCACAAGCACUAAUUGAACAAAUUAAAAUCACAUUCUCGGAAAAGGAGAAGGAGCUGGAGAACACCAUGGAAAACCUAAAGAGGCAGCAGGAGAGAGAGCUCUUCAAACUCAACCAAGAAAAUUACAUUCUUCAGGCCAAGCUAAGUAGCUUUGAAGAAACAAGCAGAAAACAGAGGUGGCUACAAUUUGGAGAAACAUCUGAUCCCAUCACUGGAGAAAAACUGAAACAAAUCCAAAAAGAGAUCCAAGAACAAGAGACACUUCUUCAAGGGUAUCAGCAGGAAAAUGAAAGGUUGUAUAAUCAAGUAAAAGAUCUUCAGGAACAAAAUAAGAAAAAUGAAGAGCGAAUGUUUAAGGAAAAUCAGAAUUUAUUUAGUGAGAUAGCUUCUUUAAAAGAACAGAUGAACAAAAAUCGUUUUCUGUCUCAAGGAGUUGAAAAUGCAGAACCCACCAAAACCCAGAGUUUUACGGAUCUUCUAGCAGAAUUACGGGUAGCACAGAAAGAGAAAAACCAUCUGAUGGAAGACAUCAAAAGACUGAAGCAAGACAAACAAGCUCUUGAAGUGGACUUGGAAAAAGUGAAGAAAGAGAGGGACCAAGCCAAAGAUCAGAUUGCUUAUGCCACAGGUGAAAAAUUAUAUGAAAUAAAGAUUUUAGAAGAAACGCAUAAACAAGAAGUCAGUCGUCUACAAAAGCGGUUACAGUGGUAUGCUGAAAAUCAGGAGCUCCUGGAUAAAGAUGCAGCUCGUCUCAGAGAGGCCAAUGAAGAAACGGAGAAGCUGAAACUAGAGAUUGAGAAACUGAAAAGUGAGUGUGGGAGCCCAGCUACUCAGCAGAGGUUACGCUCAAAGGAAAGAGCUCUUGAUGCCAAAAGAAUUCAGGAUCUGGAGCGGCAAGUUAAAGAAAUGGAAGGGAUUCUGAAGAGACGGUACCCCAACUCUUUACCUGCUUUGAUACUGGCUGCCUCGGCAGCUGGUGAUUCAGUAGAUAGAAGUACAGUAGAGUUUAUGGAGAAAAGGAUAAAAAAGCUGGAAGCUGAACUAGAGGGCAAAGAUGAAGAAGCAAAGAAAAGCCUUCGCACCAUGGAACAGCAGUUUCAGAAGAUGAAGAUUCAAUACGAACAACGGCUGGAGGAGCAGGAGCAGCUGCUUGCCUGCAGGACGAAGGAGGUGCCACAGAACCAGCGCAACAGCACGUCUAGGCUUAAGGCCCUCGAGACAGAACUUGGGGACAUAAAGGAAGCCCAUCAGAUCACUGUAAGAAAGCUGGAAGCCGAAAUAGAUGUUCUCAAACAUGAGAAUGCUGAGUUAGCACACAAGAAGAAUGACAAAGAGGAUCAGGACCUCCAGUCUAUAGAAUUCCAGGUAGAGCAGGCACAUGCUAAAGCAAAGCUGGCAAGACUCAAUGAAGAACUGGCAGCAAAGGGGAGAGAGAUACAAGAUCUUACAAAAACUGUGGAGAGGCUCCAGAAGGAGAGGAGAGUGAUGCUGUCUAGGCAGAGCUCCAGAAGCAGAGAGGAAACAUCACCCAAAAGGCUUAAGAAAGAAGUUUUGCACCCAACUAGAGCAAAUGCAAACUCCUUCCCUGAAACCCUGGAUGCCAAACUGUACCACCCACACACCUUUACUGAUACACAUAUUUCAGAAGUUUUACAAGAAAACUACAGAUUAAGAAAUGAGCUAGAGGGAUUGACUUCAGAGCGAAAUAAGCUGAAGAUGGAAUCUGAAGCAGCAAUAAGCCAUUUUGAAAACUCCAUGAAAAGGGUCAAGGACGACAGUGCAGCACAUAUUGAGUCCCUGAAGGCAUCUCAUCAGAGGGAAAUAGAGAAACUCCUUUGCCAAAAUGCAGUAGAAAAUUCCUCUUCCAAAGUAGCUGAACUGAAUCGCAAAAUCACAACUCAAAAGGUACUCAUAAAACAUUAUCAAGGUCAAGUUAAUGAGCUGCAGGGUAAACAGGAAUCCUUUGCAGUUUCUCAAGUUCGAGAAGAAAUCCUACAGAAUCAGAUUACAAAACUCUUGGAAGAAUUGAAAGAAGCCAAAGAAAAUCACACCCCAGAGAUGAAACACUUCAUGGGCUUGGAAAGGAAGAUCAUGCAGAUGGAAAUGAGGCACAAGCAGCGAGAACAGGAACUCCAGCAGAUAAUACAGCAAACACGCCAAGUAGUAGAAAGUGAGCAAAAUAAGGAAGUUGAGAAAUGGAAGCGACUUGCGCAGUUAAAGAAUCGGGAGCUGGACAAGUUCCGCAUGGAGCUGGACUCCAUACUGGACGUUCUGCGGGAGCUGCACCGGCAGGGCGUAGUUGUGCCAGUUCCCAUUGCAGAUGAAGUGAAUACAGCAGAGUUUUAGUCGGACUUGGAUCUGAGUGACCUCACUGGAGGACAGAUGAAAACGUGCCACUGUCAGGAAACAAAUCCACCACACAGCCAUGCGUGAACACCACCAGAGUAACAUGUCAGAAUAAACUGCCCUGAACCAACAAGGAAAGAACAUACAGCAUGUUGUAUUGUACGGAGAACCAUUAACUAAUCACAUUUGAGAUCAUUUAUGAGCAGGUCCCGUAAUGUCAGAAGACCACGACCAGCAAAGUUUACUGCAAAAGGGCUGCUUUCCAGGCUACAGGGAAGAGAAGUGCCCAUCCUCAGCCAGUUUAUAGGUUAAAUGUACUCUUCAUUUUCUCUGUGACAGAAAAUCAGCUGUUUCUAAUGAAACAGGUAGAUGAGGUGAAUGUCACGCUGGGGACAAUCUCGCCAGCUGAGCUGUAGAGCAUCCUCAGUAAUGGAGAUGACAGUUGUAACUUCUGUACGGGGAAACAGCAAGUUCUCUUGGGCUUUUGGACCUGACAAGUAACAGUCAGUUUGAUGUGUCCCUUACUGUAGGCCAGGUCUAGUAGACGACAGUCCUAAUUUUUGGCAGCUCUAAAGUUACAAAGAGUAUAAAAAGUUUUACCUUUUCUAUUGAAAAAAAGAGUAUUAUGUCCAUUAGAAAAAAUAAAAGUUUGCUUAAAAAUAGCUAGUUUAUUUUACAAUCCCGUUUUUAAAAGCAGAUCAGAAAUGUUUAAGUCAAAGCUGUAGCCAGUUUGUCUUCAAGUGCCUCUCCCAGUGUGCCUUACGGUCCCUUGCUGGAGAUCAAGCCGUCCAUAGAAACACAUGGUGUCUGUCCUGGGUGCUCCUGCUCACCCAGGUGGAAGAGGCAGGUGACAGGAGGACACCUGGCUGCCCUUAGUAGCUCCAGGCACUGGGAUAAGAGCUGCAUGGUGAAUUUUAAAUCAGUGUAAAAUGUGAAACGGAACUGGGGAUAUAUUUUUACACUUUAGAGUCUAUUCUACAGUAAUAGCACAUCCUGAUUUGGACCACAUCCCACCUGCCAGCAAAUUCUGAGGCAGUGCUUGCAAAGUAGAAUGUUUUGGAAGGGGUAGGUGGGCAAGUCUUAGUGGACUCAUGAGCAAAGGUUGUCAAGUACAGCAUCUGUUAAAUAUAAGUGUGAUGAUUGUCUUAAUGCCAACAUCUUGUAUUUUCUUUCUGAAAGGGGAGUAAAAACAUUAUUUUCA